UCCUAACAAUGGCGGAAUAUAUUACAGAGCACUGGAACACGGUAUUUAGGAGGAUACUCGAAGUAACUGAGACUGAUUCGCCCAUCGCACAAAAAGAUACCGUUCCUCCCAAGGAACAAGAACAACCCGGGGCAUACGAGACGCAGACGCUAGUAGUGAUAGUGAUCCUCUGUAUAUUCAGCGUAGUUGGCACUGUAGGGAAUGGGUUGGUUCUUUAUGUGUUUACACGUACUACAGUGAAAAUGGCUUCGACUAUAUUCAUUCUUGCACUGGCAGGAACAGAUUUUGUCACAUGCCUUGUGAUCAUACCAUAUACUGUAACAGCUAUUCAGCUAGAAUACUACUUAACGUAUGACGUCUUAUGUAAGACAUACCAAUUUUUGAUAACAUGUACCGUACCACUCUCAGCAUUUAUCAUGGUUGCAAUAGCAGUGGACAGGUACAUCUGUAUUUGUCACCCUUUUGCACAUAUCAUGACUGUGAAAAGAGCAAAAAUCAUAGUGGGUAUUUUGGCGAUAUUUGCGACAAUUUUAGGGCUCAUUACUGCCCUCGGAUAUAGCGUUUAUCAAAUGGAGAAAAAAACCAACGCUACAGAAAAUAGUCCCGAGGUUCAAUUUGCAAGAACGAACAACUCUUCUAACAUUACAUCAAUUGGGACAAACACCUUUCGUACAGAUUUUACGGCAGAAACGUAUCACAUACGAGAACAGGAAGAACAUACAGAAGAACACAAAGUAUACAAAGUUUUAUGCGACGAGUCGACUGUUUUGUGGUCCGCUGAUUUUAUCAAAGUUUAUCAGAAGAUUUACUCAGCAUUUUAUUUAUGCUCUCUGCUGAUUGUUCUGAUAUUAUAUGGCCUUAUUUAUAGCUCCGUUACGAAACAAAGAGCAAAACGACGGGCGCAGAAAAUGGGUGGAAGAGUGAAACAGGUGAAUACUCAUUGUCAGACGGAUGAAUCUACGAUUCCUUUGACAAAUAUAAAUGCGAAAAGCAAAGUCAAUUCGAACCACAAUAAUAUAUCUCUUAAGGUAGAGAUGGAUGGUGAAACAGCUACUACAAGGCUUAUGCCAGAAGAUCAAGCCAACGGAAUAAAAGAAGUUGAAACUCGACCAAUGAAGAAAACAUCCUUACGAAAAGUUCCGGUACCGGAUCCAAAUAAGGAUAGAAGGGAUCAUGACAGGCUGGCAAAUAUCAAGACAGCCGUCAUGCUUUUUAUAGUGACAGCAGUGUUUAUCGUCGCUUUUUUGCCAGCAUGGCUCAUGGCCCAUCGAUGGAUAGGUUUCAAUACUGUCGUGUUCUACAUGUACUUUGUAUACAAUGUAGCCAAUCCAGUGAUCUACGCCUUCAUGAAUCAAAUGUUUCGCGAAAAUAUGUGUAGAAUAUUUAAUAGCUGUCGGAUCCUUGUAAACAGGCGAUAGUUGCAAAAGGUACAUUGUGGCUUCAAUAAAUCAACUGUUAGAUAGAGGAAAGUAACUGAAUUACAUUCGCGCAUUGGAAGAUUAUCAGGAGCGACUGUAUGAUUUUAGUCAUUGUAAGAAAUGAAAAGACUUUUCGAAUCAUUUGAAAAAUGAGUUCAAACAUUUUAGUGAACAGACAAAAUGUUUCAAAACUGUGUUGAAAACAUUUCUUAUUUCAUAGCUAGUACAAAGAUAAUUAAAUUAUGUUUGAAUUACAACCUCUUAGUCAAGGAUGACGGCAAUACAAGCAAAAAAGUGUGUCACAAUUUAUUUGAUUAGUGACAACGGUUUCGAGCGGAGAAAAAUAAAAUUGUGACAUAUUCGAAGGUAAAUAGAAUAUUACAACCAAGUGAUAUUAAACCGAACAGGGUCUAGAUGAUGGAUCUGAAACAUCGGUGCAUUGACCCAAAUAUAGAGUUUACAAUAAAAAGACAGCGUAGUUUCGUCUACACCAAAAUCAGUGAUUAACCUAAGUGUGCACAUAAACAUAUAAACUGAAACAAUAAAACAACUGUUAAACACAAAUUGCAAGAGAUCUUAUAGGAAUGAAGAAAAAAAAAACAUUUUCGAGUUAUCAACAGUUUUGCGCGAUUUAACAAUAGGAAACUGUUAAUGAAAUGACUAAGUCCGGUUUCUCGAGUCAUCGAUGUUUAAGCGGCGGUUUGUAUUUGACUGUAGUUUAACUUUUUGCAAUGUGAUAACUGUAGAUGUUUUUAAGAAGUUAGAAAAUUUCAAAAUAAUGCAAAACGUUUGUAAUGCUAGCUUUUUAUCAGCAAUGGGUGUCGAGAAUAUCGUAUCAAACUUAUAUGUUAAACAAGGUAAUGUUUUUAAGAAAUCCAGUUAUUUCAGUCAGAGUCUUAACUAUCACGUACAUGUAUUGCAGCAUGGUUUAACGGUUUAAGUAUAUAAUCAGUUUAAACCCAAAUGUAUGCAGGUCACAAUGAACUUAUCUUGAAUACUUAAAUGAGCCCUAUAUACUUAAAAUGUGUUAUGUUAUUCUGUAUCUAUUUUAUCUAUCCAAUCGUGAACGUUCAAUUGCAACACGUGACCGUACAAUAUAUUUCCUUAUUAGACGCACGUGCGUACAAAAAUAGACUGUAUUUUUCCCUUAUUCGGACGGUUCAUAAAGUCUCAUGUUAAACAUACGAUAAAGCGCGAAACGCGUGAAAAUGUUCCGAACGUGAAUCGGGUAAAGUGGACGCUAGAUUAUGCGUCUUGAAACGAGAAAGACAUAAAUACAAUAUUCAGUGAAUCAUUUUUAAUGAAAACUAAAAUAAAAUAGAUAUAGAAUAAAAAGGUUAUUUAACAUUGAACUCUACAAUGCAAGAUAUAUUUGGACGUGCAGCCAGCUGGGAAAACCAUAUGGUUUUCUCAGCUUGGUUCUCGUCCAAAUAUAUCUCCGUAUUGUACAAAACAGUGUAAAAAACUAAUAAUAAUAUUCAUUUGCUCUGUCAUUACGGGCACAAAUAGCAUUGUUUACUUUGCAUAUUACUCAAAACACACACCAUAUCCCUACAACUACGGAAAGUUCCGCAACAUUUUAAAUAAGUAUACACAGUUACAUCCCCAUAUACUGUAAGUGUGUUUUCGUAUUCGUUUUGCUCCGUCAUUACUGGCACAUAUAGCAAUUUUUACUUUGCAUAUUACUCCUAACACUCCACAUCCCUACAACUACAGAAAGUUCCGCAAAAUUUCAAGUAAGUAUAUAUACAACAUGAACAAAGUUAAGGUAAAUUAAUCGUUUAUAUUCAUCUUUUUUUUUUCGUUUCUAAACGACGUUCAUACGGCGUUCACCCUCCUUACGCUAAAUAUUUGGACGGUGAUUAUAUCAUAAUGUUUUUGGACUUAGAACGUAAAAAUAUUUAUGUAAACAGGUUCCUACUCUAGCAUACGUAUUGAAUUAUUAUUAUAGCCAUCCGUUUUGUAGGAAGUGACGUUUUUGUUUACCAAAAUUGUGUUAGUGAUGGUGUACAGUACAUAUGCAGUUAUUGCAAAAUUCUUUGCCGCCUAUCUGAAGUUUUUAAAUGCGAUGUCUAUCUUAUGUUUACUUCCAAAUAUAAGACAAUUGUCAAAGUGUGCAUAAGUGGGGCAUUUGGGCGUAAGUGUACAUAUAUAUGUGGUCCGGUGUAGCGAUGCAUUUGGGUCUAAAGAUGCAUUUGGGUCUAAAGAUGCAUAAACUAUUUAAGACUGAGUUAUUGUAUCUUGCAUGAUAUUGUGUCGGAAAUCAUUCAUCCUCCAACAUGUUGACAAGUAGGUAGAUACUUACAGAGGAAAGGUAUAUACUGGUACAAAAUUCAAUUCAGUAGCACUGGGUAGGUUAACUGCCCGCUCUAACUAGAACAGCGUUAAAAAACGGCAUUAAACCCAAAAGCAAAAACAAACAAAUGUAUCUUACAUGACAUUGGGGACAGUUAUACUUCACGUUAUUUCCGUCAGUUUCAUAAUUACUUAAAGUGUAGAAAUGUUGAUAUUCCCCAGAAUAUCUUUUGUCACACCAAUAUUUUUUCUUUGUAUUUCACUGACAUUGACAAAUCUGAGCUGCUACUGAUUUUACAGCAGACAACAUGCACCAAUGUCUGUUUACUUGAAUCUCUUGUGAAAUAAGUUCUGUAACGUCUACAACUUAAACAUUUAGUUGUUGUUGUUUCCGUUACUGUUGUAUCGUUAUGUAAUCAGUAAAAUAGACCAGAAUUAGAUGUUUAAGGACGACUAUCCAUGACAUAUGUUAAUACUGUAUAAUGAAUAUGUGUUUUUGUUGGAAAUAAUUUUAAAACAUAUAAAAAGGUUGUUAGUUAAGAAAACAACUUCAAGAAAUGAUGAUACACUUAUUAGAAUGUUUGGAAGGUUUCCGUUAAAUUGCCAUAGCUAUAUACAAUUUAAAUAAAUAUUAUCACGGAAAAUUGAGUCUUUCUUCAAAAACAGUAUGUUUUGACUGAUAUCCCUGUUAUUUGAUGACAUAAGAUAUUUACCAUUGCAUUUCAAUGAAGACUUUUUUAUUCAAUCCGCCAGAUAAAUCAUAAAUUAGAUUCACAUGUGUCAGUCCUGGUCACUUAAACUUUGUGCUCUUCGUAACUUAAUACACUGCGUUCUCUUAUUUGUCAAUUUUAACGUAUUGUCUGUAAAAUUAUGUUAAUGAUGGUCUAGUUUUUGCUUGCUGUUGGUCUUAAAUUAGGUUUAUGUUGGUCCGAAAUUAGGUUACACUUAUUAUGAUGAAUGGCAAAGACUUCUGCAAUAAAUAAGCCAU